UGUAUCAGUGACACGUGAACGCCACAGCCUCGGAACUCUUCAUUCGAGGAGGAGGAGAAGAAGAAGAGGGGGUUUUGUUGUCAUCCGUCAGGGUAGUGUGUCGAGCUUUUGUCCAGGAGAAAUGGCCGGAAUUAAAGCUCUGAUCAGCCUCUCCUUCGGAGGGGCCAUCGGCCUCAUGUUCCUCAUGCUUGGAUGUGCCCUGCCUGUAUAUAAUAACAAAUAUUGGCCUCUGUUCCUCCUCUUCUUCUACAUCCUCUCCCCUAUCCCUUACUGCAUUUCGCGGCGGGUAGUUGAUGACACAGACUCUGCCAGUAACGCCUGCAAAGAGCUGGCCAUCUUCCUCACGACUGGCAUCGUCAUCUCUGCCUUCGGCCUGCCCAUCGUCUUCGCGAGAGCUCAAGUGAUCGCCUGGGGGGCGUGUGCGCUCGUGCUAACAGGUAACGUAGUCAUCUUCGGGACCAUCCUCGGCUUCUUCCUGGUCUUCGGAUCCAACGACGACUUCAGUUGGCAGCAGUGGUAAAACGUCCAAGUGAGGGUGGGGGGGGUGGGGGGGUGAUCUUAGGCUGAACUGUUUUUAUUAGCAUUAUUAUUAUUAUUAUUAUAGUAUUACUGUUUGGUUGUUGUUGUUAUUUAUAUGAUGACCACCCAUCCAUAGACUUACACCAAACCAGUGCAAUACUUUUAUUUUCUCGCCUGCUUUAUGUUGAACUGACACAACAAAGAUGGAAAAUGCUAACUUAUAGUUUUAUUUUUUAUUUUAUAUUAGUUUUCUUCGGUCUAUUACUUUUGUACUGUGAUUUUUCUUCAUGUGUGCGUCGACACUGUCACCAUUGGAGCUAUGGUCUGAAUAAGAAGGAGCAACAUGGCAGGCUGUCAUUGCUAUUAAAGGGUUACUUUCUGCUGAAACAGUGCAGGUUUUCAACAUCUUAUGUAAAUGUUAAGUGACUCACAAUAAGCUUCAAAACUUGGUAAGAAAGAGUAUAAAUUGUCUUUUUCUUUUCAGUUUUGUUAAGACUUUUACCUUUACGAUCAAAUGUUCUCUACUUCAUUUGGCUCAGACACCAGAGAAAAAAAAACAUCAACACUUUAGCUUGUUAUCAUGGGACAAUAAAAAUUAUUUAGUGACAGCAGGGGAAGCAUGCUGCAAAAAGGCUGUUUUGUGUGAGAAACUGCUUUUUAAAAGGACCUAUCGGCUAAGAAAAUCAUCAAAGAGAUUGAUUGUGAUUUAAUGUUUCAUACUUUCAAGAUUUUUAGCAUUUGCUCUGGUUAUACUCUAUGAGAUUGAUCUCCACUAACAUUAGAAGGUGUGAAAGCAGAAGCCGGCAGUAACAGUAGGAUUAGCUGUAUGAUGGCCGCCCUGUCAGGGAGCCAAGGUACCACAUAAACCUGCCUACUUAGAACCAGGCCCUGUUGGUCACUAAUAACUUAACAGUGUGACUCCUUCAUAGUAAAUGAAUCCACUCACUGAACCUGCCUUGGGGAUUAUUAAGAAUACUUCCGUCUCACUUGGCACACACAAUGCUUUAAUUUAGGAGACAAUCUCUGGGGAUUGUUUGCUCCUGGAUUCCCUGAAUGAGAAGAGAAUGGUCUAAUCUGGAUCUGGGGGCAGUUAAAAGUGCUUUAGGCCCCAAACAAAGAAUUACACCACAGUCUCAGCUCAGCUCUGCUCCUGAGGGUGAGGUCCAGAUCUAGAUAUAAUUUGAUUUCCUUUAUUAGAAACUCUUUAUUAAUCAUUUAUUUACAUUUUCACAUUUAUUGUUUUGGCCCAGAUUCCAAGUUGGAAUCUUAUUUUUUCAUUUGCUGUAAAGAUAUUUUCCGUCUGAAAAUGUUACCAUAUUUUGUUACAGUGGGUCAAACCAACUGCUUUGUCUUGUUCGGAUUAAACAAUGUAUUAACUGAAAGGCACUGAUCUGAAUGUUAGUAAUGACUGCUAGCAUGAUAGAGUCCCAGCUCAGUAGAUUGAAUUUUACAAAAUUCAAACUCCCUGUGAAUUCAGCGGUAUUUAUACGAUAUAUUUACCCUCAAAUUGAAAAGAGCAACUCUUACUCUGGCCCAGGGGGGCAAACAUGCUACAUACAUGAGCACCAAAUACUGAAACUACAGCGAACAUAAUAAUGAGGCGAACACACAAAAAACAUGCGAAGGGAGAAUGCUGCAAUGACAGAAAACAGCAGCUAAAGGGAAAACGCACCGCAAACAAACUCUGUCGUAAACAGAGAAAUGAUGCAAACACACAAAACAUGUUAAGGGAAAAUGCUGCAAGUAGCAAACAUUUCUGCAAGUUAAGAAAAGCUGCAGAUCUGUUCCAGUCCAUUAGGGGGAGACGGUCAUCAUGUGCAUGGAUCAGGGCUCACAGCAAUAAACAGGAUGCCUGCUCUGGUGCAUUUGGAACAAAGAGAGAAACGUACAUUUUCAUGUGAAGCUCUAUAAAAAAUCUCCCUGAGCUUAAAGAUUUGGUCCCCUAUGAGUUAAGGAAUGUCUCCCCCUAGUGGUCUGGGGCGCCUCAAUUAUCCAUAGCUUGUUUGCAGCGCUUUUUAACAUGCAGUUGUUUUUGCCACUUAUAGUAUUUUCUUUUUGCAUGUGUUUUGUGUAUUUGUACGCUAUCAUAAUUUUUGUUUGCAGUGCAUUUAUCUUUUUUUUUUGCUGUAGGUUUACUGCCCUCUAAUUUUUGUGUUGCAGCCUUUUUCCUUUGCUGGUGUUUUUUUGCUCAUAUAAAUUGUUUGCAAGUCUUGAAAGGACUUUUUUUCUGUUCACAUAGAGAACACAUAGGAAUUUAAAUGACAUCUUAUUAUGUUUACAUAAUAAUCUUAGCUGAAUCAUUUCCACUGACUCUCUUUAGGGGUUUAUUUGCUUACUAAUAAAGACAGGGUAACAAUUUUCCUCUUUUCAUGAAAAAAUUCUCAGCGUGUGAAGAUAAAUGUUUGAUCAUUCAGUUAUGAUAAACACUACCAGCAAAGCCACUUAGCUUAUAAUAAUGGACAAUAAAAGAACAUUAGUUUCAUUUAUACUGUAUUUGUUCCCGACCGGUUCCAACUUUCUUUGUUUAGGGUAACUGAACUGCCAGUUCUGAUUUUCCAGCAAGAACUAUACAUAGUAAAAUUUAUAUGUAAAGAUGAACAUUUAUUAAUAAAAGAAACUGAUGCCAGAAGUAAAAAAAAAAAGUGUUGCAGGUGUAUUGAUAUCCCUUUUUAAUUAAACGUCCCAAACAUCUGUGAGAUAUUUCUAUUAAACUAUGUGUUAAAUGCAUUUUAAAAAGCGACAGUUACCAGUUCUCAUGCAUUCAUAACCAGGGUAAUAUUUCAUGUUCCAACUGAUGAUCACAGGAACAAUUUACCCGUUUCAGUCAAUGGCCAAUACAAUUUUGCAUGAUGGAUUUCAAAUUCAUGAAAAAAAAAUUAUUGAAUAAAAUAUGAAGCUUCUCUUUUUAAGCCUUGCAGAAAAAAAAAUGUUUUGAUCUGUUCAUAUGUCUGAAGUUAUUAAACAUAUUAAAGGCCUCACAGUGACACUUUGCUCUUUGGUUGAAACAAGUCUCUUUUGGGCAACCCUCCAGAGGUGGGAACAUCUGGCAUGGCUACUGUUUCAGUUUUAAGCUGAAUAAGUGAAAUGUUCUCAGAUUUCGAUGUUUCUGGGUCUGCUGUAAUUCCCUUGGAUGUGACAGAGGCUGAUGUGUAACUAUGGGAUGGAUUUCUCUCUAUGUUUUUGUUUUUAUUGUCUGUUUCUGUUGUUCAUGAUGAGAAUAUGCUGUAUUAAUUUAUUUUGUUGGGUCUACGCUUGUUUCCAUUUUUUUAUGGACGUUUGUGUUGAAGGAACAGCAGUCGGCAUGGUGGUUUCUUCUUUGAUUUCUGUUUUAUUUUUAAUAAAUGCCAUUUUUGAACAUUC